AUGUCCUCAAUCUCUAAGCAGCGCAAAGCUGUAUUCGUUUUGGUGCUUCUUGCUGCUGUGGCCUUCGCAGCAUCGUGGAAUGCGACCGAAGCACAAAACAGCCAGGUCUUCAGGGCAGGCAAGAUUGCCCACUUAGGCCCCCAGCUCAGUGUGGGGCGGCCAACACGGCCUCCCAAGGGCGCCUUGCCACUUCGUUCCCCUAUCCUCGCCGCGCUGAAGGGCCAGCUGAGAUCAGCAUCUUCGCUGCUGGCAAAUUCCAAUCAUGAGGCCCCGCCGCCGGAUGAGUCAUCCCCUCAAUAUUCACAAGAGAUUUACCCACCAGAGACGGAGGAUGACGCGUCCGUCAAGCGUCCUCAGCACGCUUCACCCAUGACGGGGUCUUCCGGCAGAGGUCCGAUCCUGUACAACGGCCUGGCAUAUCACAUUGGAGGGACAAGCCCUGCUACAAUGCUUGCCAGUGCGGCUGUAGGGAUUGCGUGCAUGAUGUUAUUAGUGGCGGGUUCCUGA